AUAAUCCAAAAAUUUAUAUUUACAAACUUAAUAAUGAAUAUAUUAAUUGUGAAAAAACUUCUAAAAAAAAUGAAGAUGUGAUUAAUAAUAAAUUGAAUCAGGAGUUUUCUUUUAAUCCCAGAUUUGAUGAUAUUGAAUCUAUUCAUG